CUUCCCGCAGGCCCGGCCCGAACUCCGUCCCCGUUCCCGGAGCCUCCCGCUCCGCCCAGGAAGCGCCCUUUGCCCGCGGAGCAGGAAGCAGCUGCCGGCGCUCAGCGGGGCGGGCGCCGUGCGGGAGCGGGCGCCCUGCAGAUAAUCACAGAAUCAUGGAAUACCAGCUUAGAAGAGACCUCAAGGAUCAUCUGGUCCAGCCUUUCUUGGCAAAAGCACAGCCUAGACAAGAAUGCCUAGCACCUUGUCUCGCUGAAUCUUAAAAGUGUCCAAUGUUGAGGAAUCCACCACUUCCCUGUGGAGAUUAAUUCCAAUGGCUGACUGUUCUCCUAAUGAAAAUUUGCCCUCUUGUGUUCGGGGUGAGGAAGAUUUGAACAUCUUCUUCUGAAUUGCAGGUUUAUGCUGUUGUGCCUGCCAUGAUCACAUGGACCAUGCUUAGCUUCUGACAGCACUUCAGGAGCAGGCUACAGGAUCCCAAGGAGCCCAAGAAGCUGAAACUAUGACACUCUGCGCUAGGAUGGGUCCCAUAACCUCUGCAGCUUGGUACAACCACAGGAAAAAUACAGAGCUGAGUGGCUGGAAGAGAAAAUAAGUAGCUAUUUGCAAAUAGCUAAGGUAAAGAACAUAAAUUGUAGGACCCAGGUACAGAAUCUGUGUAUGCUAUUGCAACACUAAAGCCAAGGCCCCAGGAACAGCAUGUUGUAUUUGCAAAGCUGCUGCUGAAGGUCCAAAUUAGAUGCCCUUCAUAUCUUGCUUUAUUAAAGCUGUGGAUGUUGCCUAAGAAGGAUUCCUGAUUGCUGAACCUGGUGUAACUGCCCAGAUGGACCAAGGAGAAGAACAAGAUCCUGAGGCCUUGGAGGAGACACACACAGGUAGUGAGCUAGGUCUCCUUCCAGAUCACCCUGCAAGUGCAGAUCAGCUGGACAUGUUGGCAGCAAGGUCCAGAGGAGGAGAGGAGCAUCUGGGGGACAGCCAUGGAAGCCAGCGCAGUUCCUCAGAGACUCAGCGAGGUGGCUGUGAAGGGGAAGCGGUGGCUAAGCUGCCUUGCUCCGGUAUCAGCCUGGUGAAAAGACAGGAGAGAAGGGUGGCCACAGCCUCACGGCGAGCCCCUCGUGCAGAGCGGCCCACCAUCUGCUCCGAGUGCGGCAAGGGCUUCAGUCGGAGCAUCCACCUCAUCCAGCACCAGCGAAUGCACACCGGGGAGCGCCCGUUCCUGUGCGGGGACUGUGGCAAGGGCUUCAGCCAGAGCUCCCAUCUCAUCCAGCACCAGCGGAUCCACACGGGCCAGAAACCCUACACCUGUGCCGAGUGUGGGAAGAGCUUUAGCCAGAGCUCCAACCUCCUCAAGCACCAGCGCAUCCACACCGGGCUCAAACCCUACAUGUGCAGCGAGUGCGGGAAGAUCUUCAGCGACAGCUCCACCUGCAUCAAACACCAGCGUAUGCACACAGGCGAGCGGCCCUACAAGUGCCCAGCCUGUGGGAAAAGCUUCAGCCAACACUCUCACCUCCUUCAGCACCAGCGAGCCCAUGACGGUGUCCGGCCUUACACCUGCGGGCAGUGUGGCAAACGUUUCGGGCAGAGCUCUGACCUCAUUAACCACGCUCGAACCCACACCGGUGAGAAGCCUUACAAAUGCAGCCAGUGCGGCCGGGGCUUCAGCGGCAACUCCAACCUCAUCAAGCACAUCCGCAUCCACACUGGGGAGCAGCCCUACCGCUGCACCCAGUGUGGGGAGAGCUUUCGGUUCCAGCCCCAGCUGGCUCGCCACCAGAAGCACCAUACAGAGUAGCUGGCAGAGUGGAGAAGACCACAUGGACCACCGGCAGCUACCUGGUGCUGAGAAGACACACAUCUGCUCCCUGGACACCUCAUACGGGGUAUGAAUUUUGGGGGAGGGAGCCCUCAGGGCCUGUCCCCUUCUGGGUAAGUCUGUUAGUGAGCACUGCCCAGAUGCUCGAGCAGAGUGGGAGGCCGCUGUCAAACAAACUAGUGCGUGUUCACUGCCAUGCGGUGGUUGUUCUGAGCCCCUCUUUUGGGGAUGGGGAAAACAAAGGUGCUUACAGUACAGUACGUUCAAGGCCAGAGAGGAGAUCAUGGAAGUGUUCAAAGGAUCAGUGCCUUUUUCUGUUAUUUCUAGUGGCGAGUGAUUUUUAUCCCAGUAAAAACCAGCUAAAAUCUGUACCUGUUUUUUGUACAAGCUACUUGUGUUUUGCCCUCGCUGUAAGGCCGCAGUCUGGGAUGAUCGCUCCGCUUGGAAUCCACAUCUCCCACUUGCCAAUAUUGUCAGGUUUAGGUAGGGUCAGCAUCUAUUUAUUUUAAAACCCCACAACACUUUGCUGUGUGCCUCUGUGUACAUGUUGUGGGCCCAGAUGAUGCUCUGUUGGGGCCACAUCUAUGGAACUGUAUUCUUGCUGGGUUGUAUGGUUGUUAAAUUGGCAGUUCUACAAAUUAUGCUGCCAUUGGACAGCUUAGUCCUCAGCAGCAAUUAAGUAAAUUAACAUCCUAAUAGAUAUUUCUCUCAAAUUCUUGUUUAGGUACUUUUGUGGGUGGCACUUUAUGAAUGUUUUUAUAAGACUUUUAAAAGCAUUUAGGAUGACUUUUUAAAUUGUAAUCUUCUAAUUAAUUGUAUGUUAAUGAAGAUAAAGAGGUUGUUGUUUGAAAAAUAAGCUAUGUCAAACUUUGAUUUUAUAUUAAAUGUUAAACAUUUUUUCUUGCAUAAAACUUUUAACUGAAA